UUUUCCUAUUAAAUUUCGUCCAAUUGAUUUUUAGUUCUAUUUUAUUUUAUUUUUAUUAUUUCUUUCUCUAAUCUAUGCCCGGUUCCUCCUUGGUUCGGCUGGGACGGAAAAAUUAAGAAAUAAAAAACUAAUUGCUUCUCUCGGCCUCAGCGGCUUACCGGAGAGAAGAAUUAAGUCGAAGAAAACCCUACCAGGUUCGACAAUAGAAGUCCUCGCCUCGACAAUACUUGGGGUGGUUGUCCCAUGGUUUAUAGUUACGUUGUUAUCUUGUAGUUCCUCGACUCCAUUAAUGGCGUUUUAGGGCUUGGUCUUCCUCGCGUUUGGACACAGAUGAUGAAGAGGAAUGAUUAGAGAUAUGAAAUUUGAGGACUCCUCUUUAACUGGAUAUCUCGUGAAGAACCUUGAAUCACUGACAGAAGCUGACCCCUUGAUUCUUGCAAAAUAUGUGGAAGCAUUGUUAAAGAAGGACAAACCAGUUAAAGAACUGCAGAAGCUCUGUGCUGAGAAUCUGGUCGAAUUUCUUGGUCAGGGCACAGAGUCUUUCAUCACGAAGUUGUUCCAGGCUUUAGAAGAUGGUUCAAUUGUGGUGUCUGGUGAGAAUUCAGAUGCCAUCAAGCAGGUUGAACCACCGAAUUCGUUCAUAUCAGAGGAUCCAAUAGAACGCAAAAUUUCCUCUCCAAAUACUGAGGGACUUUCUCCUUCUUCUUGUCAUGCCAGUGAUACUGAAGAGAAAGAAUUCAGUGAUGAUGACGAUGAUGAUCGCAAUCAUAAGCAUCGCAGGCGGGAAACUAGAUCUCAGUCUUUUGACAAAUAUGGACAAGAGCAACUUUUAAGUAGGCCAAACAGAAAGCGUAACAAACCUUUUGAAAAUGGGCAGCUGUUCCUGGAAGGUGAUCCUCAGUCAAGUGAAGUCCGAAAACAGUAUAACCCUACUCCUCCAGAAAGAGACUUCUCUGCAAAAUUUGAGAAAAGACGUCCUAGUGUAGCAGCAUUGUCUCGUCCUCCUUUGGAUUUAGGUCAGAGGACCAAAGUGAACCCGCCAUUGCGUGGUGACCCUGGUACUCGUUUUGAUUUAUCAUCUGUAGGUCGGCUUCCCAUAGGUAGAGGAAGAGGAAGGAGUUCUGGCCCCUGGAAUCAACAUGAUUCAAGAUUCAGCUCUGUGGACACACUUGAUUUUGCAUCACAAAUGGCUCCUCAGGGACCUACUCCUGGUCUAUUUCCUGGACGGGGGUUGCCAAAUGCUGCUAACACACAGAAUGCAUCUUGGGGUGCAUUUGGGUUAAUUCCAGGGAUGUCUAAUGGUGCUCUAGAUACACUCCAUCCACUUGGUUUGCAAGGAACACUUAGAUCACCAUCCUUGAAUAUUGGCAUGCCUCGCCAACGAUGUAGGGACUUUGAGGAGCGAGGAUUUUGUCUAAGGGGGGAUAUGUGUCCAAUGGAGCAUGGUGUAAAUCGAAUUGUUGUUGAAGAUGUUCAGAGCCUCUCACAGUUCAAUUUACCUGUUUCUCUUCCAAGUGCAUGCCUACUGGGAAUGCCAGCUGGAACAGGACCUUUACCUUCUGUUAGUGCUCCAAACCUGUUUAUAAACAGCAAAAAUUCACAUGGUAAAAGUGGCAAGUCUGGUGCAGCUGAUGAUGGAUUAAACUUGAAUGGUGUGUUACCUGUGUCUGCUGGUUCUGGCGAAGCUGACCUUUAUGAUCCUGAUCAACCUUUAUGGAAUACUGACCGUCCUGAGACAUCAAGUGCACUUCUAAAGCUUCCUUCGACCAAGAUUCAUGAAGCUGAAACCUUAUGGGACAAUGAUGCUUCUGAUUGCCACAAUUUAAGGUUAGCUGAUGGUAUUGAUAGUGGUAGAAGCAUCACGACCAAUAUUGGGUCACAGAGUGCAACUUCUUCUGUUUGGGGACGGAUUCGGAAUUCUGGAAAUAAAUUAGAAAUGUCUGGAAAAAAUGACAGUACAAUAACUUCUACAAGUUAUUUUGGGAAUGAGGUGAAAGACCUAGAGGAGGGGUUACCUGCUGUUCCAAUUAAUGAGCAUCAAGAGAAGCAGAUAGUCACUGAUGAUAUUGUACCAAAAGCUAUGAACUCCUCUGCUGCAGCAAAACGAAGUGAUCCUGCACGUAAUGCUGGGCGAACAUCUCAGAAAGCUUCCCGUACUCUUUUUGUCAACUGUAUUCCCCUAAAAAAUAACAAGCGGGAGGCUCUUCUUUCGCAUUUUCAAAAAUUUGGAGAGGUUAUUGAUAUUUAUAUUCCAGUGAAUAGUGAAAAGGCUUUUGUCCAGUUCUCUAAAAGAGAAGAGGCUGAGGCUGCUGUAAAGGCACCUGAUGCUGUGAUGGGUAACCGCUUUAUAAAGUUAUGGUGGGCUAAUCGGGACAACAUUCCUGAUGAUGGUAUAAGCAGUGGCAACACUGUAUCUGCUGCUCCCCGUGGCAUGACAGCUGCUUCUACUCCACUUUUGUCAUCUAUUGCUGAAAUAGGAAAGGAAAAUCUCCUAUCUGCAGCUUCUAAGGUUAGUGCUUCAGUGGCUCCUGAUGUUCCUGCAGGGGCCUCUGUUAACCCUAAACCUGUUGUGACAAAUGGCGCCAAAUCUACUGCUCAUCUGCAAAAGAAACUGGAGAGUUUAGAGCUUCUGAAAGAGGAACUCCGCAUAAAGCAGGAAAUGCUCGACCAAAAGCGGAAUGACUUCCGGCGCCAGUUAGAUAAACUUGAGAAACAGGCUACAACAGUCAAGCCUGAUGCAGUUGCUGAGCAAGCUAUCAAGAGACACAAAGUGGGGCCUGUAACUCCUGCCAAAAUUGCAACUCCAAGGUCCUCAAAUCCUUCUACUACUGGGACACAACCAACAGAUGAGAAAACCAUAGAUAGUAACAAUUCUGGGGAUAUUAUUGCAUCUCCCAAUUCGAAAACAGGCUCAUCUGUGGUGCUGCAGUCACCUAGGAGUUUGAAGCAGCCAAGUCGUUCGUUAGCACCAGUAGGACCUCCUUUUUUUGUGAAUAGGUUCAAAUUGGAUAACCGCCCUACAACAUUUCGAAUUCUUCCGCCUUUACCAGCUGAUUUUGCAAAUGUUGCUGUUUUGAAGGAACACUUUUCAAUAUAUGGUGAUCUGUCUGCAGUUGAGCUGGAAGGUUCAACAGAUACACAUACUGGUACUGAUGGGUCAGGGCCAUCAAAAAAUUGUUCUGCUCGCGUAACUUUUACAACACGUCGUUCAGCUGAGAGAGCAUUUGGAAAUGGUAAAUGUUGGCAAGGUCACAAUUUACAGUUUGUGUGGGUGACACUCUCCAGUAAUACCAAUAGUGACCAUGGCAGACGAGAAAAUUCUCCAGCACCUACCCCCAGGGGAAUUGCAGAUGCUGAAAUACCAACAAAGAAUGUCUCGUCUGCGUGUUCUUUAUCAAGUACAGGAAAACCAACAAACACUGUUUCUAAGGAAGCACCUGCUGUUGAAAACGAGGAAUCUAAGGAUUUGGAUGGAAUUAGUGGUAGUGUUGAUUGUAUGGAACUGGUAGAAGCUUGUCAAUCAAGUUCUGCUGCCAUGGCAUCAUGUGAAGAAAGGUCACCUAAAGAAGAUAUUUUGAUUGUUGAGGAUGACCAAACUGUUAGAUCAGAAGAUAUUGGGAAUUUUAACACUCAACUCUCACAUUCCAUGGCUGAGGGUGUCUGAAUAUGUGAAUUCCUACAGUUGCUUCUUAAGAGGUUUAGUAUUUCACUCCCACAAUUUCUUUGAACUGAAACAGAAAUUCUUACUGUAAUAUCUGCAGGUAUUCAUGAAAUUGUUUGCCUGCAGGUUUUGUAUCUAGUUUUCUUUCCUUUCCUUUUCUGUUCUUUUCUUUUUUCCUUAAUGGCUUUUAGUCAGUAUGUGGGAAAAAAGAGAACAUUUCUCGAGAAAAAUAUGGUAUAUAAAAGAAACUUUCUUUCCAUUUUCUGUACUAGGACUAUUUUUUUAAUAUCAUCUUCUUUGUAUGGAGUGAUGGCAAAUUGGCAAAACUUCUUGGUGUUUUCAUUGUGAUUUUGUUUCAUAAAUGAAGUGUCCUUAGUAUUUUAAUGGGCUCAA